GGUUAGAGAAAAACCAGUAAGCAAAGCAAAGAGUGGACUCCCAACUGUACCCAACCGCACGUGGUUCAGAUUCUGCAACAAGCUCACCUUCUACCCUCUACUGAAUCUUCCACUUAUGGUAAAACAGUCAAAACCACACCUCAACCCUCUCUCUCUCUCUCUCUCUCUCUCUCUCUACCCACCUUCUCCAUCUUCCUUUCCAUUUUUCUAUUAGACCCUUAAAUUCCUGAUACCAAUUUCCAUAGCUAACCUGUACAAUCCCAUUCCUUGGAAUCUCAUCACCCAGAUUCAGCCCAGAACAGAGAUAUAAAAAGGAUAGAAGAUGUACAAAUGACUUUCGGAGAUAGAUAGAUAGAUAGAUAGAUAGAUAGAUAGAUAGAUUAAUGGAAGAAUCCCCAGGUGAAGAAAUCAGAGCCCCUCUCAUAUCCAAGCAUGGAGACACCAUCGGCCCCGCCUCCUCGUCCUCGCCGGCUUUGGACCGGGUCGUCGAAGAGCCGGAGGAGAACUCGCCGGUCCCGCAGGUGGCGCUGACGGUGCAGACCACCGACGACCCGUCCCUCCCCGUGCUCACCUUCCGGAUGUGGGUCCUCGGGACGCUCUCGUGCGUGCUCCUCUCGUUCCUCAACCAGUUCUUCUGGUACCGGACCGAGCCGCUCACCAUCACGGCCAUCUCGGCGCAGAUCGCGGUGGUGCCGCUCGGCCGGCUCAUGGCGGCGAGGAUCACGGACCGGGUGUUCCUCAAGGGGACCCGGUGGGAGUUCACGCUGAACCCGGGCCCGUUCAACGUGAAGGAGCACGUGCUCAUCACCAUCUUCGCCAAUUCCGGCGCCGGCACCGUCUACGCCAUCUACGUGGUCACGGUGGUGAAGGUGUUCUACAAGAAGCAAAUCACCUUCUUUGUGUCCUUGAUCGUAGUCAUCACUACCCAGGUGUUAGGGUUCGGAUGGGCCGGUAUCUUCAGAAAAUACUUGGUGGAGCCUGCGGCGAUGUGGUGGCCAGCCAACCUUGUGCAAGUCUCUCUAUUCAGGGCGCUCCACGAGAAAGAGGAGCGACCGAAGGGCGGCGUGACACGGACCCAGUUCUUCCUGAUCGCCUUCAUCUGCAGCUUUGCGUACUACGUCUUCCCAGGCUACAUCUUCGAGAUGCUCACCUCUAUGUCCUGGAUCUGCUGGAUCUUCCCCAAAUCCGUCCUGGCCCAGCAGCUCGGCUCUGGCCUCUACGGGCUCGGGAUUGUGGCUUUCGGGCUGGACUGGUCCACCAUCUCUUCCUACCUCGGGAGCCCGCUUGCCAGCCCGUGGUUCGCCACCGCCAACGUGGCCGUCGGCUUUGUCUUCGUGAUGUACGUGCUGACUCCGAUCUGCUACUGGCUCAAUGUGUACAAGGCCAAGACGUUCCCCAUAUUCUCGGACGAUUUGUUCACUUCUACUGGCCAGGAGUACAACAUCUCGAGCAUCAUUGACGCCAAUUUCCACCUCGAUCUCGCCGCCUACGAGAAGGAAGGACCUCUCUACCUCAGCACAUUCUUCGCCAUGACUUAUGGGGUUGGCUUUGCUUCACUCACCGCCACCGUCGUUCACGUUGCUCUCUUCCACGGAAGGGAGAUUUGGGCGCAGAGUAAGGCAAGUUUCCAAGACAAGACAGCUGAUAUACACACGAGAAUGAUGAGGCGGUACCAGCAAGUCCCCGAGUGGUGGUUCUGGUGCAUCCUGGUGGUGAACAUCGCAGCCACCAUCUUUGCCUGCGAGUACUACAACUCUCAGCUUCAACUCCCGUGGUGGGGCGUCUUGCUGGCUUGUUUGAUCGCCAUUGUCUUCACUCUUCCCAUCGGCAUCAUCACCGCCAUCACGAAUCAGACUCCGGGAUUGAAUAUCAUCACCGAGUACAUAAUCGGGUAUAUAUACCCAGGAUACCCAGUCGCGAAUAUGUGCUUCAAGGUGUAUGGGUACAUAAGCAUGACCCAAGCCGUUACCUUCCUGCAGGACUUCAAGCUUGGCCACUACAUGAAAAUCCCUCCUAAAACAAUGUUCAUGGCACAGGUAGUAGGGACUCUUAUAGCUGGGGUCGUGUACCUGAGCACGGCGUGGUGGCUCAUGGAGACGAUCCCUGACAUCUGCGAGACCUCCUCGGUCUGGACGUGCCCGAGCGACACGGUCUUCUACGACGCAUCGGUGAUCUGGGGCCUGAUUGGGCCACGGAGGAUCUUCGGCGAUGAGGGUACCUACGAAGCCAUCAAUUGGUUCUUCCUGGGAGGAGCAAUUGCUCCAAUACUCGUCUGGCUGGCCCACAAGGCCUUCCCAGAACAAGAGUGGAUCAGCCUCAUCAACAUGCCGGUCCUGAUCGGAGCAACAGGGUAUAUGCCGCCUGCCACAGCCGUCAACUACACGACGUGGAUCAUUGCAGGGUUCCUGUCUGGGUUUGUGGUGUACCGGUAUCGGCCGGAGCUGUGGAAGAAAUACAAUUAUGUGCUCUCUGGGGCACUGGAUGCUGGGCUUGCAUUCAUGGGGGUGCUAUUGUACUUGUGCUUGGGGCUUGAGAGCAUUGAUUUGGAUUGGUGGGGGAAUGAUUUGGAUGGAUGUCCCCUGGCUACAUGCCCUACCGCUGUUGGAGUUGUGGUGGAAGGCUGCCCUGUUUUCACUUGAAAAGGGAGAAGGCAUCAAUUAAAAUAUUUUGUACAUAGUCUUCAGGAAUAGCAAUGGGUUGAUUGGGGAUUAGCAAUACAAAUAACAAAGAUAUCCUCUAUGAAAGAGCAGCAUUGUCGGUUCGGUAUUUCAUUUUCUUUACUGAGAUAAAAUUCAUAGAAAUUGGUGAGACAAUGUCUUCAUUUUCAAAUGUGUCGAGGACGCUACUUUGUGAUACAAAAGCUCUGAAUGUAAUACGCCAAUGAAGAGGAAGACUGAUAAUGACAGGUGAUCGUUGUCAUGAGUCACCGUUGAUAAUUCAAGCUCAUACAU